ACAUUUAUAAACUUCCCGCAACGUCAGUUGUCUCCUGGUGUGCGUCGAAUCAGUGUACGAUGUGUGCAGGGAAUGUGACGUUCGCGCAAGUCUCCUCAAGUAUCAAAAGAACCCUUCCAAUAGAGUCUCACCUUUGAACCCAUGAGGCACCAGUGAAAGAUUCUUGACGUGCGUGUAUGGAUUCAACUCAAAUCAAUAAUUUAUAACAAACAAAUAAUAGACAAUAUGGUGGAGCCAAUUUUUGACUAUCAAUUUCGGUUGAUUCUGAUCGGCGACAGUACAGUGGGAAAGAGUUCUUUGCUCAAGUAUUUUACUGAUGGAAAAUUUGCUGAGUUAUCAGAUCCUACGGUUGGUGUGGAUUUCUUCGCGAGACUGAUAGAUGUGGACGAUGGAACAAGAAUCAAGUUGCAGUUGUGGGAUACAGCUGGGCAGGAGAGAUUUAGGUCAAUCACAAAAUCUUACUACAGAAAUUCCGUGGGCGCCCUCCUGGUCUACGACGUCUGCAAUCGAGCGAGUUUCGAACACAUUCCCCAAUGGAUGAUGGAAGCUCGCAGGCACAUAGAGCCCCAUCGCCCCGUGUUCGCUCUCAUCGGUUGCAAACUCGACUUGGUAACCAACGGUGGAAGAAGAGAAGUGUCCAAAGAGGAGGCACGAUCAUUCGCCGAUCAAAACGGCAUACAUCACAUUGAAACUAGCGCUAAGACUGGAGUUAACGUCACCGAGGCAUUUCGUGUCGUAACGCAGGAGGUCUACAAUAGAAUUAAAACUGGCGAGUACAAAGUAGAAGACGGUUGGGACGGUAUUAAGACGGGUUUUGCGCGUCCCGGCGGUUUAGAUUUCAAUCUAGUCGAGGCUGAACCUGCCAAAUCCUCGUGUUGCUGAGAUCAUUCUCAUUCUUUCCAGUCUCUUCAACGAACAAUGACCCAAGAAACUCUUCAAAAGUGCAUUAGAAAAUUUGAUUUGCCCUAGAUUUACUCGUCUAUCGAUACUUGCCAUUCUUUAGGACCUCUUCACUUCAUGUCAUUCUAUUUUUUUUUCUUUCGAGAUUUGAAAGGGUAGAAAUUUUGGAGUAAAGUGAUGAGACGUGACUGGUUGACUUAGGCCAUUCUGUUUGAUUAUGAAAUUAUCUCGUGAAUCCUUUUUAUAAAAAGGUGAAUAUUAUAAAUUUAUUUCGAUGGAGUGCACUGUUAAAAAUUUUUGUCUGAAAUUUCCGGUACACUUUUUGGAAAUUUUUAUCGAAUUAA